ACCCAUAAAUUCAUUUCCAAAAUUAACACGUGUCUCUUAAUUUAAUUUUCUCAAUAUAAAGUUAGAAGCAGACUCACUUCUCCACACACUCAGCCAUGGCUUCCAAGACUCUCUACUUCUUCUUCCUCCUCCUCCUCUCCUCCGCCACGAUCGCCUUCUCAGAUGGAGAUGAUUGUGUGUAUACGGUGUACAUCAGAACGGGCUCGAUCUUGAAGGGUGGCACUGAUUCGAUCAUCAGCUUGAUAUUGUAUGACGUGUACGGCGAGGGGUUAGAGAUUACAAAUCUGGAGGCAUGGGGAGGCUUGAUGGAACCCGGCCACAACUAUUUCGAGAGGGGUAAUUUGGACAUUUUCAGUGGAAGAGGGUGGUGCUUGAGUUCACCCGUUUGCGCGAUAAAUAUCACAUCCGACGGCUCUGGGCCGCAUCAUGGAUGGUAUGUUAACUACGUCGAGGUCACAUCAACCGGAGUCCACACAACUUGCGCUCAACAGCAGUUCACGGUGGAGCAGUGGCUGGCACUCGAUACGGCGCCGUAUGAGUUGACCGCUAUCAGAAACUAUUGUCCCUAUUAUGCUGAUCGGCGGCCACACGACGGCGGUAAAAGAGAAUUUAAGUCUUUGUCUUCUGCUAUGUGAAAUAUAUAAUGUGAAUGUGGAGCUGGUUUUUAGACCGUUGGAUAACGAGUAAGAGUGAAAAUCUACCGUGUAUUUUUCUUAAGAUGUUAUGAGUAGUUAAUAAUUAAGAUGAUUGUUAUUAUUAA